AUGGAGAAGACCAACCAGUACAUGGAGGCCAAUAGUCAAUCCAGGAGGAAAACCGACGCCACUCUUCAAGACCAGAAUGUAGCCAUAAAAAAUCUAGAAACUCAAAUGGGACAGAUGAUAGUUUCUUUGACUGGCAGAGCACUAGAGACUAUAGAGCAUGACGAGCAGAUAAAAGAAUCUACCCCAACCGAAAAACCGAACAAAUCACAGGAUAAGGCAACCGUCAACCUUCAUGAGCCUCCCAUUCCUUUUCCAUUGAGGCUAAAGAAGGAAUCACAAGAUAGUGAUGCUAACAAAGGAGUGCAGUGCCAGAAUUCAGAAAAGUUCCCACCGAACUUGAAAGAUCUAGGGAGUUUUACUAUUCCUUGUACUCUUGGCGAAGUUUAUUUUGAUAAAACUUUAUAUGAUCUUGGUACAAGUAUUAAUUUAAUGCCUCUAUCUAUUUUCAGGAAACUUGGCUUGGGAGAGGCUAAGGCGACUACAGUGACACUGCAACUAGCUGAUCGGUCAUCGACACAUCCUAGGAGAAUAGUAGAGGAUGUGCUUGUCAAAGUUGAAAAAUUCAUAUUCCUCACGAAUUUCCUAAUCUUAGACAUGGAAGAGGACAAGGACAUCCCAUUGAUAAUUGGCAGACUGUUCUUGGGAACAAGGAGAGCUUUGAUCGACGUUUAG